AUGUCCACGUCUAUCGACGCCCUGCGCAAACGCUACGAGGCCGCUGGGCAGGGGCACGUCUUCCACUUCUGGCCCAAACUAUCCGAGACCGAGCGCGCCGCGCUCGUGAAGCAGCUCGAAUCCCUUGACAUCGAGCGCGUCAACCACAUCUACCAGAAUGCCAUCCGCGCGGAGAAGGAGGCGAAUGACCCAAAUGCGAAGGCGGAGCCCAUAGAGCCCCUCCCAGAGGAAGCUAGCGAUUCCGUGGUCGGCGUGCCGCACAAGGAGAAGGAAUGGCGGAGUAUCGGGCUGCAGGCGAUCGCGAGAGGGGAGGUUGGCGUUCUGCUGAUGGCUGGUGGGCAGGGGACGCGGCUGGGGAGCAGCGCGCCGAAGGGUUGCUAUGAUAUUGGGCUCCCGUCACACAAGUCCCUCUUCCAGUACCAGGCCGAGCGCAUCGCUCGCUUGCAGCAGGUCGCGGAGAAGGAGUGCGGGAAGGCGGCUGGAUCUGUGGUCAUCCCAUGGUAUGUCAUGACAAGUGGUCCGACGCGCCGAGAGACCGAGGACUUCUUCAAGAAGCACUCUUAUUUCGGACUUGACCCCAAGAAUGUGGUGAUAUUUGAGCAGGGUACCCUGCCCUGCUUAACUAUGGAGGGUAAAGUGAUGCUUGACUCUCCAUCUAGGAUUGCCGUUGCGCCCGAUGGUAACGGCGGGCUAUACGCCGCUACUCGCCAACCCUUGUCUCCCUCCGACCCUUCGCACACAGUCCUGUCAGACCUGCAGAAGCGCAAGAUCGGCUAUGUGCACGCUUACUGCGUGGACAACUGCCUCGUCAAAGUAGCCGACCCGGUGUUCAUUGGCUACUGCAUCCAAAAGCAAGUCGACUGCGCCGCGAAGGUCGUACCGAAAGCCCACCCCUCGGAGUCCGUCGGGGUCGUCGCGCGUCGUGGCAACAAAUUCGGCGUUGUCGAGUACUCUGAAAUAACCAAGGAGCAGGCGGAGAAACGCGACCCUAAAACUGGGGAAUUAUCCUUCCGUGCCGGAAACAUUGCCAAUCAUUUCUACACUACGAAGUUCUUAAACCAGGUGGAAUCGUUCGAGCACCAGCUGGCGUUCCACAUCGCGCGUAAGAAGAUCCCGUACGUCGACUUUGAGAGCGCCCAGGUCGUUAAGCCCAGCAAGCCGAAUGGUAUGAAGCUGGAGAUGUUCGUCUUCGACGUCUUCCCCUUCACGCAGCAAUUCGCGGUGCUCGAGGUUGCUCGCGACGAGGAGUUCAGCCCCCUCAAAAACGCACCAGGUACGGGUGCCGACGAUCCCGAUACGAGCAGGCGCGACUUGCUUGCCCAGCAUAGGCGAUUCUUGGAGAGAGCGGGUGCGAAGGUCAAGGAGGGCGUCGAGAUCGAAAUCUCGCCACUUGUCAGCUACGCGGGAGAGGGAUUAGAAUCGGUCAAGGGCAAAACCUUCACUCGUUCCGGAUCGGUAUCAGCAUUGGAAGAAUUGGACGCUUUAGCAUAA